UCUCUCCUUCUUCUUCUUCUUCGCUCAGCUCCUACAAUAAAGGGCGAAGAACCUCACCUCCUUGAGUUUCUCCUUGCCAUCGAUUCCUUGUGGUAUGUUUAAGUCGCCCUCAGAUCUCUGCUCCGCUUUAUAUCUCUGUUGUUUCUCCCGUUUUGUUCAUCUGACGUUUAUCGAUCUGUGUUUUAUUAUAUCAACAAGAGGUCAAAAUGGUUGAACAGACUCAGCAGCCCACGAUUUUCCAGAAGGCUUCUGGCCAAAUCUUUCGUUCCGGUGUUUCUCAGGACAUCCAUGGCUACACAUCUGGUUUCCAGAGGCGUGCAACGUACGGAAACUACUCCAACGCUGCGUUUCAGUACCCUCUUGCCGCUACUUCCAGGAUUGUGACAACUACUUCCCCUGUGUUCGUCCAGGCUCCAGGGGAGAAAGGAUUCUCUAGCUUUGCUAUUGAUUUCUUGAUGGGUGGUGUUUCCGCUGCUGUGUCCAAGACUGCUGCUGCUCCCAUUGAGCGUGUCAAGCUUUUGAUUCAGAACCAGGAUGAGAUGCUUAAGGCUGGCAGGCUUUCUGAGCCUUACAAGGGUAUUGGUGACUGUUUCGGCAGGACUAUCAAGGAUGAGGGUUUUGGUUCCUUGUGGAGAGGAAACACUGCUAACGUUAUCCGUUACUUCCCCACUCAGGCCUUGAACUUUGCCUUCAAAGAUUACUUCAAGAGGCUUUUCAACUUCAAGAAGGACAAGGAUGGCUACUGGAAGUGGUUUGCUGGUAACUUGGGAUCUGGAGGUGCUGCUGGUGCUUCUUCCCUUCUCUUUGUGUACUCUCUUGAUUACGCACGUACCCGUCUCGCCAAUGACUCCAAGGCAGCCAAGAAGGGAGGUGAAAGGCAGUUCAAUGGUCUUGUUGAUGUCUACAAGAAGACCCUCAAGUCUGAUGGUAUCGCUGGACUCUACCGUGGAUUCAACAUCUCCUGUGUUGGUAUCAUUGUCUACCGUGGUCUCUACUUUGGACUCUACGACUCUUUGAAGCCUCUUCUCCCUGCUGACCUCCAGGACAGCUUCUUCGCUAGCUUUGCCCUUGGAUGGCUCAUCACCAACGGUGCAGGUCUUGCAUCAUACCCCAUUGACACUGUCCGUAGAAGAAUGAUGAUGACGUCAGGUGAAGCCGUCAAGUACAAGAGUUCGAUGGAUGCCUUCCAGCAGAUCCUCAAGAAAGAAGGACCCAAGUCACUCUUCAAGGGUGCUGGUGCCAACAUCCUGCGUGCCAUUGCAGGUGCUGGUGUGCUCUCUGGAUACGACAAGCUGCAGUUACUUCUUCUCGGAAAGAAGUACGGAUCUGGAUCUGGUUAAGUAAUACUAUUCACCAGUCGCCACCACCAUAAAGCUGUGGCUUUUUUCUUUUUAUCUCGAUUUAUUUGCAAUUCCAGACUUUUUAAAAAGAUAAAGACGUUGAUGAAACCUUUUGCCAUAAAACUAGAGAGUAGCAUGGGAAAAGUUUUAUCAUUUCGAAAUAAGUUUUUUGUAUGUGCUGGAGAUUGACUCCAAACUAAUUUACAGUUAUGAUUUUUUGCUUGUUUAUGUUCAACUUGUUUAAAUA